UAGAGGUGUUUUGAUUAAGCAUCAUAUCGGCGAGGAAAAUGAGCAGCAGCAACUUGGAUUCCCGAUCUCUGAUGCAGGAGCUUCGUAGCUUUGACAACGAAGUUCCUCUCUUCGACUUCGGUCACCCUCUCCUCAAUCGCGUCUCCAACAGCUUCCUCAAAGCUGCUGCGAUAGGAGCUGUCCAAGCCGUGGCCCGUGAGGCUUAUUUCACGGCUGUUGAAGGUGCGGGCAUUGAUAAUGCUAGCGGCAUCGUGCCUGAUGUUUCAGAUGCCAGAAAAGCUCGUUUUCCCGGUCUUGGAGGAGAGACUAACAGUAAAUCUCUCGAGACCAUGGUCAAGAAUAGCGGAAAGGAGUCCUUUCAAUGGGGGUUGGCUGCCGGAUUAUAUUCAGGACUCACCUAUGGCCUAAAGGAGGCUCGUGGAGUUCAUGAUUGGAAAAACAGUGCAGUAGCAGGAGCACUCACAGGGGCCACACUUGCGCUUACAUCAGAAAACUCAUCUCACGAGAAGAUUGUGCAAAGUGCAAUAGCUGGAGCCGCCGUCUCCGCCGCCGCCAAUCUCCUCUCUUGGAUCUUCUGAGCUGAGACUGGCUUUUACGUUAGUCUUCUUUUUUCCAUACCUCAAGCACACGCCAACAAAAAAAAAAAAAUCCCUCUCUUAGAUAUAUGUUGUUCAUGUUUUAGAUGUAGUUGUAGUUGUAAUGGUUUCCUUUUGAACUUUGUCACCACCAUUAAUGACUUUCUGAUCGAAGGCUUUCUCGUGUUAUCGAAUGUUUUUUCUUUUAUAUAAUUUCCCAAGUUCAAACUCGAAGGGAAGAGACAAGUGAUCACUUAUUAGUUUUUGCCUUUUAAUUAUUUCCUAUUUAUAGACUUGAAUUCAGUAAAUACUUGAAAAUUAUUAAUUUAUAUUUCUUUUUAAAAAUUUAAAACUAUGCUAUUAGAACACUCUUUACUUGUAGUAUAUCCUCUAAAAAUUUGAAAUUUGAUAUUUUUUUUAGUAGUAUGUAAUAGAAUCAUUAACAACUAUUCAAUUGAAUCAAACUAUUAUCGUGUUGAGUGAGCGUGCUUAGGAUAUUCACCGAACCCACUAUUUGA